AGUCAAAACUCUCUCUCUCCAUUUAUAAACAAGGAUAAUCAUCUCCUCGUUAGUUUGUUUCCUCCAAAGCUAAAACCUCGUUUUCUCUCGCUGUAUCCACAUCUCUUAAGUGCCUCAUUCUUCAUUCAUGGAUCCACAACCUGAACCAGUUAGCUACAUCUGUGGGGAUUGCGGGAUGGAGAACACCCUGAAGCCGGGUGAUGUGAUUCAAUGCCGAGAAUGCGGUUAUCGCAUCUUGUACAAGAAGCGAACCCGGAGAAUUGUUCAAUAUGAAGCACGCUAAGGAAAGGAUUGGGGAACUUAUUGACUUUAUUGAACACUGUUUUCUUUUGUCUAUAUUUGUGAAGUAAAACCUGGUGAUGGUCAUGUGUGGAACUUGAACUUGAUGUUCUGUGUCAGAGGGUGUGGUGAGCUCUUUUCGCAUUAAUGUUUUUCAGUAGGUCAUGAUGCUUUAUGGCAAGUCUUCAGUCCUGAUGAAAAUCUUGUAUUAAGGCGUGGGUCUUUUACAAACGCUUAUAAAAACAUUGUUAGGCACUUCAACAAAAAGAAAAAAUAUAAAAGUAUUGUUAGGAACUUAGGAUGUGAUUUUUUCGGUUUAAAGCUGUGAUUCUUAUGAA